CGCGCGGAUGUGAAGGCGCUUCCGAGGCCGAACCCGAAGAAGUGGGCGGGGGGGUGGCUGGAUUGGGUAAGGUAUUCAUUGAAUUCAUCUCAUGCAGGGGAGCGCGCUGCCAAGAGAAGAAGCGUGGAAGAGGGCUGGAAUGACUUGGAAGCGCAGGGAUUAUUUGUAUGGGUGGGACGGGGCUGAGGAUUUGCCGGGGGAUGCGAUGGAUACUUACCGUUAGGGGGGGAGAUGGGAUGGGCAAGGGGAGACGAGAGCCUGGUGGGACGGGCGACGGGGGACGGCGACGGGGAAAGGGGGGAGGUUGGAGGUUGGAGGUUGGAUGUUGGACGUUGGACUUCUUUUUUUUGUUUUGUUUUGUUUUAUUUUUAUUUUCAUGUUGCUUUUAUCUUCAGGUUGGUUUUUUUGUUUCUUUGCAAAACUGAUAUAGGUUCUUUUGCCCGCGUAUUAUCUUUUAAAAGGGGAUUAGGUGGGACAGAAACUGCUUGGGUUUUGGAUUGGUGGUUGGUGAAGAGAGGCAGGAAAUUGUGGAUGGACCCCAUUUGAUGCAUCGUUCAUGUAAGGGACAGAAAUAAGUCCCCAUCCACCUACCUAUAGUGGUAUAUCAAUCCCCCUCCUCCC